AAUUAAUUCAGUAUUUAAAGUGCUAGAAAAAAUCGCAAAUUAAAAUUUAAUUUUAGAAAUUUUCGGGCUUGAGGUUUUAGGCUUUAGGCUACGGCUGAAUUUACCUGCUGCGCGCCGGCGGCUGUUACAGAUAGAAAGAGACGACGGUUGGAGAUGCCGGUGCCGGAUGGUCGACGCGACGGUGGCCAUGAGGACGCCGCCCCUCUAUUCGACGACGACGUUAUGGAUUUGGCCGUAGAAGACGACAUCGACAACUCUGAAAUACCUCUCCACCUCCGCCCCCUCGUCUCCGCCGCCGAGUCCGGUGACCUCAACGCUCUCCGCCUAGCCCUAGAAAACUUCAACGGCGGUAUUGAUGAACCAAUGGAAGAUGGUGACACUCUUCUUCAUCUCGCAUGUCUAUAUGGCCAUUUGAACUGUGUCCAGUUUUUAUUGGGAAAGGGAGCUAGCUUGGAGGUGAAAGAUGAAGACGGAGGAAUUCCCUUGCAUGAUGCUUGUGCAGGAGGUUAUACAGAGAUUGUCCAACUUAUGAUUAACCAUGCUAAUGAACCGGAGCGUGUGAAGAGAAUGCUAGAAACUGUUGAUACUGAAGGGGAUACGCCACUUCACCAUGCUGCUAGGGGCGAAUACGGCAAUGUGGUAAGAUUGUUGCUUGCUCAUGGAGCUUCUCUGACUAAGACAAAUAUCUACGGGAAGACUCCAACUGAACUGGCUGAUCCUGGAACUGAAGCUAGGCGAAUACUAGAAGAGGCUUUGAGUGCUGUAUCUAGCAAUUAGUUUGUCUUGUGUGAGUUUUCCUCGGAAGACUUGGGCUCCCGUGCCAAUUUCUGCUGGCCAUUAUUUUGAAAUAGCUAAGUUGAAAUUUUGAAGACCAAUCCUUUCUAUCGACUUUGAGUGAGGCAAGUGAAAUAUAUAGAUCGUGUUAAUUGGUUUGGUUCUUACGUGGUAACGUGUAAUACUAAGUUCAUAUAAACGAUUGGCAUAUUGGUUUAUCGGGGAAUUCCUGGAUUGCACUGGGUAAACAUAUACUCUCGUUCCGAGUCUGUAGUUUUCAAAAACACAAUAGCUGUUUUGUUGUUCUCAUUCAUUAGACUGGGUUCAUACAUUUUAUUGUAGUUUUAGACUGGGCUUAUUAAUAUGAA